GAUCAGAUAAGACAAAUUGCAAUGACUCUAUUCUCAUAGAUAGACGAGCGGUCUUAGUUAGCAUAUGUGAUGAUUGAUACAUGUACCUGAUUGUGUACGACAUAAGGAUUAUUUUCGCAAAAGAAUGGAGUCAAACUUCACAAAUGGAACAUUACAUGCCAUAGGUCGCCAACCAGAAAGAUGGGGAUGGUGGACCCAGCAAAUAGUGACACCGAUUAUCGUUCUUAUUGGAAUUGGCGGGAACAUAAUGUCUUUUUUACUCAUGAAGACCAAAUCCCUUCGCAAGAAAUCCUACAGUCAUUUUCUCUGUGCUUUGGCAGUAUUUGACAGUCUAUGUUUGAUUAAUCGACAGAUCGCAUUGAUUCACCAACUCAUGCACGAUAAAAAGAAAGAUGGUGUCUUUACAAAUUACAGCGACAUUUCUUGUCAAAUUUAUAGCUUUUAUGAGCACGUGUGUUAUCUAAUGUCAUCAUGGCUAAUUGUAGGAAUGGCUGCUGAGCGGGUUGUAGCGAUGUGCUUGCCGUUUAGAAAGACAAUAUUGAGAACACAGACCGGAGCAAUCGUGAUGAUCAUUUCAACUUUUGUUCUUAUGUGCAUUUCUCAAAUAUUCCGUUUCAUAAUGAUAAAAAAUGUAGGCGGUAACUGUGAAGGCGAUAUGGACACACAUUCAGAAUAUUUGAAUCUACACAUAUAUUUUUACCAGUUUACACUCGUUCUAACAUUACCGUUUAUAUUGGUACUUGUUUGUAACAGCAUGGUAAUCUAUCAGAUACAUCGAGUGAGAAAGGCUGCUUCUGGUAACACGAGAUCUCGCGUUGUAGAACGAUCUCACAAAACAACGUUGAUGUUACUUGCCAUCUCAUUUACUUAUCUCGUAACCAUGCUCCCUCUUGUGGUAAUAUCAUUUGUAUGGCAGGUAACUCUAGAGAACCAGGACAUAGAGAUGGUUUUCUUUCUGAUGCCUUUUCAAUCGUUUGUCUCCGUUAUAUCUUACUGUAAUUAUGGUGUGAAUUUCUUUAUAUACAUUCUGUCAGGUCGAUCUUUCCGACUUGAACUCAAGAGGAUAUUCCGAAGAGAAAGACAUCUCAGUAUGUCUUCCACAAGAACAAGAGAGGAGGUAAUGAAGCUUCAAUAAAUAUCUUAUGACAUACACCAUGACAU